AUGUGUUGUUUUCUAUGCCUCCAUUCUUCAUCUCGUCGCUGCUUAUCAAAUAUUCAGCAUGUGUGUCUGUCUAUAUCUAUCUAUCUAUCUAUCUAUCUAGAUAUAAAUGGCGAAUUGGCAGAGGAUGUGAAUUCAAAUGUUCCUUUUCUUCAAAUGGCUGUGCCGCGGGGGAAAAUGAACACACUAUGUGCCACUAUUCUUUUCUUGAGGUUAAGGGAAGUAUUCGCAAAAUCUUUUGCCUAUCUAUCUAUCUAUCUAUCUAUCUAUCUAUCUAUCUAUCUAUCUAUCUAUCUAUCUGUCUGUUCAUCUAUCUAUCUAUCUAUCUAUCUAUCUAUCUAUCUAUCUAUAUAUCUAUCUAUCUAUGUCUGUUCUCUAUCUAUCUAUCUAUCUAUCUAUCUAUCUAUCUAUCUAUAUCUAUGUUCAUAUCUAUCUAUCUAUCUCGGUUCUAUCUCGGUUCAUAUCUACCUGUUCUAUCUUCAUAUCUAUCUAUCUAUGUCUGUUCAUAUCUAUCUAUCUAUCUAUCUAUCUAUCUAUCUAUCUAUCUAUAUCUAUCUGUUUUAUCUAUCUAUCUAUCAGUCUAUUUUUAUCUGUUUUAUCUAUCUAUAUAUCUCUUCUGCUUCUACUUAUUUCUCCCCUCCUCCUCCUCAUCAUCAUCAUUCUUCUUCUUCUUCUUCUUCUUCUUCUUCUUCUUGUCCCAUUUUAGUCUCCAUUUGCAUCUUCAUUUUCAUUCUCUUUCAUUUUUCUUUUACCUUCACAUUCUUUUUCUCAUUUUUUCUUCUCAAAUUCAUUUUUUAUACGGUGGACAUUUUCGUUCCCACCUCAUUUCAUUCCUUUGCAUUCUGUUCCUUGAUUUUUCUUUCUCUUUUUCUAUUUCGUCUUCUUUUCUUUGCCUUUCUUCUUGUUCUUUUUAUCUUCUGCCCCUUUCAUUUUUCUAAUCAUUGUUUUCUUCUCUCAUUUUUCUUUCGUCUUCCUUUUUUUCCUUUUUGGUCUUUUUUAUUUUUCUGUAAAUUUUCAUUUUCCUCUUUUUUUCUUCUUGGUUUAUUUCUCUUCUAUCUUAUUCUCUCCCUUUUCUUACGUCUUAAGGCUUUUUCAUCGUGCGCUGAUUUUACCGCUUCUUUUCAAUUGAUUUAUUUCAUCGAUUCUCACUCCACCCAUUCCUCGCCAUUCUCUUCAGUCCUUGCUUCUACGUUAUUAUAUAUUUUUAUUUUAUUGUAUAAUCAUUUUCUUCUGUUCAUUCAUUCUUCCUUUCUUUCUUUCUUUUUUCGUUCGUUCACUCGUUCUUUCUCUCCCUCUUUCAUUCUUUUUAUACUUGUUUGUUGUUCUUACUUUCAAUGUUUCUUUCUUCUUUUCUCAUUCAGUGUUUCAUUCUUUCUUUCCUUCCUUCUUUUUUUUUCUUCCGUUGGUUUUGUCUUUCCUUACUUUGUUUUAUUUUUUGCUUCUAAAUUCUUAUUUUCUUUUUCUCAUUUUUCAUGCAUUACAUUUCUUUUUCAUUUUCUCUUUCUUAAUUCACAUUUAUCCCAUUCAGUUCCAUUUCUUUCUUUCUUUCUUUCUUUCUUUCUUUCUUUCUUUCUUUCUUUCUCCUUACCCUUUAAUUUGCUUAUUUUAAUCUCGUCUCACAGCCUUAUUCAUAGACUCAAUCUUCUUCGUUUUUAUUUUUCAUUCUCACAUUUUUCUUUCAUUCUUUUCUUCCUAUAUCUAAUAUUUGUUUUCUCAUAUCUCCCCGCAGCCAUUUGUCUUUACUUCUUUCUCUUCCCUCGGAUCUUUCUUGAUCGAGUCAUUCUACUUUCAAUUCUUCAUCCUCAUUGCUAA